UUGACCGUGAUGACCCAUGAAUGACCACGGCUCAGCCCCGUAGCAUCCCGUGCACCCGUAGAGAUCACUCGCUCGUUGUCAACCACCAUCGAAGAGCGAACGCCACCCACCAACACUUCUUGCAUGCUGCAGUCUGGGAUCCAGUCAGGUUUCCGUACCUGAGACUCGAUGUGCCACUCGUUACGUUGACGAACCUCCCUCUGCCGAGGAGGAGCCUCCAGUAUGUGUCCUUCCCAGAGAGCCCAAUGUUGCCCAGUGCUUUUUCUAUGUGUCGUCGUCGGUGUGACCUCCGUUUCUGCAGAUGUCAAAAUAGGCGGCCUAUUUGAGACGGGUGAUGACAUCUUGGAGAUGGCGUUCAGCUACGCAGUGGACCGCGUGAAUACCAUGGGUCUAGGCGAGCCCGGGGCCAAGUUCGUGGCGGCGGGCUCACGUCUCCUGGCCCGCGUCGAACACAUCGAGCGACUCGACUCCUUCCAGGCGUCGCGCAAGGUGUGCUCGCUGCUGGAAGAAGGCGUGGCGGCGGUGUUCGGACCGCAGUCGAGCGAGGCCGCUGCGGCGGUUCGCUCAACUUGCGACGUUCUCGACGUGCCGCACAUCGAGACCCAUUGGGACUACCGCGCUCGGCCAGACAACCAUUCCAUCAACCUGUACCCACACCCGGCAGCUCUAGGCAAGGCUUACCUCGAUUUCAUCAAGCACAAGGACUGGAAGCAAUUCGCCAUACUCUACGAGGAGAACGAUGCUCUGAUUAGACUGCAGGAGAUUCUGAAAGACCCACUGAUGCGUGAGAGGAAGGUUGUGGUGCGUCAGUUCGAACCAGGUGUUGAGUACAGAAAGGUGCUCAAAGACGUUGGCAAAAGCGGCAUCAGACACAUCAUCCUCGACGUCCCCACCGAGCACGUUCAUACAGCACUGAAGCACGCACAACAAGUGGACAUGAUGUCCGAGUAUCACAACUACUUCAUCACAUCCCUCGACGCCCACACCGUGGACAUGGAAGAUUUUCAGUAUGGCGGCACCAACAUUUCCGGAUUUCGAUUGGUUGAUAUGAACGCCAAAGAAUUCGACGAAAUAGCGAGAGACUGGUUAACUAGAAGACACCGCUACGGGAAGAAAGGAGAGAAGGAUGAAAACUUGUAUAGGGUAUGUGUCUCAUAUUUCCAGAGAAACUUAACGACAAAGGUAGCUUUAAUGUACGACGCCGUUCGACUAUUUGCGACCGCGCUACGAGAUCUGCAACCGGACAAUGGACCGAAAAUUCAAGUGCGGCCCUUGUCCUGCGAGACGGAGGAGUCCUGGGCCCAAGGAAAUUCCUUCGUCAAAUACAUGCGAAUGAUAAACAUUCAAGGACUGACGGGCAACAUUCGAUUCAACCCUAAUGGUCACCGGACGGAUAUGCGACUCAUUGUUCUGGAGAUAACACACAACGGAUUACGCCAGUCCGGAGAAUGGACCAUGCACGGAGGGAUCAAUAUCACAACCAAUUACAGCAGGCAGUUGGAAGAGGCACGCAUGCACCUUAUGAACAAGACCCUCAUCGUCACGACGCUUGUGCAAGCACCGUACACAAUGCUGAAAGAGAAUCACGCUGAGCUGGAAGGCAACGCCAAGUACGAAGGCUACUGUAUCGACCUGCUGGAAGAGAUAACGAAGCUGCCAGAUGUCAACUUUAAGUAUAAGAUUCGGGAAGUGGCUGACAGGGCUCAUGGACGCAGAGAUGAGACAGGAGAGUGGAACGGCAUGAUCGGAGAACUACUUAGCGGUAAAGCCGACUUGGCCAUCGCCGAUCUCACCAUAACGUACGUGCGAGAAGAGGUCGUCGAUUUUACGAUGCCCUUCAUGAACCUUGGCAUAAGCAUCCUGUACAAGAAAGCAGACAAGAAGCCACCGUGGCUUUUCUCUUUCCUGGCACCUUUGUCACUGGAGGUCUGGAUCUACAUGUCGACAGCCUUCCUUGGAGUCAGUCUCUUCCUUUUCGUCGUAGCCAGGUUCAGUCCUUACGAGUGGGUCAAUCCACACCCAUGUGAUCCGAACCCUUGCGAACUGGAGAACCAGUUCACCAUAUGGAACACCCUGUGGUUCACCAUCGGCUGCCUCAUGCAGCAGGGCUGCGACGUAACACCCAGGGCACUGUCCACGCGCGUGGCUUCCGGAAUGUGGUGGUUCUUUACGCUCAUCAUGGUGUCAUCAUACACAGCCAACCUGGCCGCUUUUCUGACGGUGGAACGACUCGUUUCGCCCAUUGAAAGCGUCGACGAUCUCGCCAAACAAACCACCAUACAGUACGGUAGCUUGCAGUCAGGAUCCACACAGUCCUUCUUCAAGGAAUCCCAGUUCCCAACCUACAAGAAAAUGUGGCACGUCAUGCAAGCAGCUCGUCCGAGUGUCUUCGCCGAAUCUAACCAGAAAGGCAUUGAGAGAGUUCGCCGUGGCAAGUACGCAUACCUCAUGGAAUCCACCUCCAUUGAAUACGCUAUAGAACGUAACUGUGACCUCACCCAGAUCGGAGGCCUGUUGGACAAUAAAGGAUAUGGCAUCGCCACACCUCCUGGGUCGCCGUACCGGACAAUGCUUUCGCAAGCAAUCCUCCAGUUGCAGGAAGGCGGAACUCUUCACGUACUAAAGGAACGCUGGUGGAAGAAAAGACACAUCGUGAAGAAGUGCCCCAAGGAAGAAGCCAGCGCGUCCAAGGGUACCAGCGCCUUGGGCCUGGCCAAUGUGGGGGGAGUCUUCGUUGUCCUCCUCACUGGGUCCUGCAUCGCUUUGGUCACAGCUAUUGUCGAGUUUACCUGGAGGUCCAGGAAAGCCGUGCCCGAAGAACGUGAACCCGUAUGCCUGGAGUUGUGUCGUGAGCUGAAGUUCACGCUGACGUGCGGCGGCAAGAAACCAGUGCGUCGCAAAGACGACGAUCGGCAGGCUCCUGGAGAAAACGGGCUACCCUUCAUGCCUCUCACUGGAUACAACUCUGUCAUGUCGAAGGAUACCUUCUCCUGACAAGACGACUCUCGGGUGACACCCGACGACAAGGUCAGCAGCUACUAUCGUACAGUCCAAGAUUCGCCUAGGGCGUGCCGUCCAGAGGAGAUGGUCGGUACUGAGGUCUGAGUUGCUGACAACAGGGUCGGACGGCUGCCAAGUCUACAGCAACCAUCAAGAACGCCCACACGAGGUGCUUUGUAAGCAUGAACAGUCAUCGCUUCUUCCAACGACUGUUUUCACGGCACUGUUUCGCAGUCAUCAGAUGUACUCGAUGUAAUUUCGUUUAGUAUUUCAUUGCCUUGUGCUCCUACGUCAAAAAUAAUACAGGCUAUACGCUGUCAGGCGGACUUCUUCGAAAUAUCUGCUCGUUGAAGCAAAACAUGUCUCGAGAUUAAUUUAUCGCUGAAGGUUCGUGCUUCAUGCAUACUCUCUAAAUAAGUGCUAGCAUUCUUUGAAUAGCAAAGUAAAGAGCGUAGAAGAGUGGUCGCCAGAAAACUUGUGGAAAUACUGUGUCAAGGAAAUGAACCCACUGAUCAAAUAUUUCCCGGAAGUGUGAUCUAUUAUAGGAGCACCAAUUCAAUAUGUGACAUGCACGUUCGUGAAAAUGUAACACAUAGCGAGGAACGACGUUUCGGUUUAUUUGUGAACUAUGUGCUCGCAACUAGUACGACUACGCCCGAAUGCACGUCGUCCGUAUAGUGCUGUUUGCGUUCACACUGAGUGUGUGGGUGAUGGCCAAAUUUGAACUACAACAAAAAGAAAAAGAACAGCGCCACACGAUUUCGAGAAGUAGCUUCAGGAAAUCAAUGAAAGCCGAUGUGAGGAGCGACAUAGAUUUUCGGGCCACCACGUUUUCAAAAAAGAAAAAAAAAGUUGCAGAAUAUUCCUCAAUUCAUUCCUGUCUCCUCUUCCUUCCUUUUUGUCGCAAUACGGGAAAUCCCCCUUCAUUAUCAUUCCCAGUUUUACCAGUUUAUUAAUUGUGUUCUGUAUGAUGCUCUCUAAUGAGUUUCUUUCGCAUGAGAGUACGAACCUGAAAUUUUGUUACUGAAGUUUUACCUAACAGCACAAUGGCAUUUUUCACUCCUUCCACCAGUCAAUCAGAGUACACUGCUACCCGUCAUUCAGCAUAGGUUGGUUUCCAGUUCCGACUGCUACAUUGAGAUGACUUUCCACACCGUACAUUAGCGCAUUGUACUAUCAACCGCCCCCCCUACACCACCAAAUGUUCGGCGACACCCCCUCUAACUUUUUUGUGUACCCCCUAUAGGGGGUGCCCUUGCUAUUUCAGCUUUAGACACAUGUCGGCAAUGACAUGUUAAGCUGUUAUGUCAUAAUGACCCCCUCCCCCAUUUUUGCGACACCCGCUCCGUGCUCGGGAUUCUGGAUAAACCACUGCCUUAGCGUUGCGAAUUACCCACUUCCUAUAGUCACGCUAAGAAGAAUUUAGAAAAACGAAGUCCUCGAAGCCUGUACAGCACACAGAUUUCUGAACAUACGCACUGUCUCUCGCACUGAAUGUAACCCUGCGCACAAUCUGUCAUCCCUUUCUCACUUACCCUCAACGCUCCUCGUCUAUCACUCCUAACAUCAAUCCACAAUCGACCCAUCAAAAAGCAUGUAAAUACUGUAGUUACCAUGAUGUCCUUUGGAGUGAAAGCAAGUGCAAGUUUUGUAGAAGAAACCAAAGCCACUCUUACGACGAAGUACUUAAGCUUCCUCCUGUGAUGAAGCCACACGCGAUGCUCAACCCAUUCCUUCGCAGAUUUCUAUGACCUUCUUCUGAGCACAAUCUCACUGAACACGGCGACGUACGUCCGUCACGGAAAUCAUAAUAAUACCCCUUUGAUUGCUGCGACGCCCGCAGGAGGACCAUCUUUUUCAGCACCUGGUUUUAGUCCUUGCGUGGUGCCUAAGUACACAAAGUAUCUUUUUUUUUUCAUUGUCUUCUAGUUUCUUUUCGUGUAGAUUAUUUGUACUCCAUUUUGUACUGUACGUCUUCUUCAAGUUCUGUUUCACUUCAAAUACAGUUUCUAUCUAUUUUUAUCAUCGUUGAACCCAAUGAAGAAGGCUCCUGAUCUGUACAGUCAACAACAGCAGAGAGUUUUAGUACAACGUACGCUAUCCCCUUCGCGUACGUAAGGGAUAGCGUUGAUGGUUCUGCGCACGCCCAUAACCGAAAGAGAGCUUCGCGCAGUGCGCAGAACCGCCAACGCUAUCCUUUACGUCCGCAAAUGUGAUAGCGUACGAUGUACUAAAACUCUCUAUUAACUUUAUCUUCAUGAUGACGAUGACCUUUAUAAAUAAGUCCCAGUGGUUCGAGGCGUUAAAAGAGCGUUUCCAUGCGUCAAUUGAUCCCGGUUAGAAAACGUCACCAUGUUUAGGGCGUAUGACAAACAGCUUGUAGUGAACAAGUUUAUCACUGUAUCGUGUAUAUUUGAUAACGUACUGCCUAGAGCACAAGAUACCAUCGUCAACUGUUGUUAUUAUUCCUGUUGGUAACACACAAAUAUAUUGCUUCCCUGACGCACAUAGAACUACAGCAGACAAAUCAGAUCCGAUAAGCUCCUAAGAUUUUAUUGUUACACACUGUGCUGGUAAAGCGUAUCUAUUGCAGUGUUGGUACUUUUUUUCCAGUGAAUGCAAGCACGUCAUGUGUUAUGUGCAUGAAUAGGAGAGCUAUCCUAGCUGCAGCUGAGCACUAGCGAAAAUUUAUUAUUAGUUUUAAACGUUUCGUCAAAAUGCCACCAAAUAAAAUAGUAAGGCUGCAUGCUUUAAUCCCUCACAAGGAGGUGUUUUGUUUAACGCCAUUCAGCUCACCCUAAGCUACUGCAGCGCAAUUUAUUGUGGUCCGAGUCCAUAGCGCAGGGGAAUACAUUGACACUCGCUAGGAAGCGAAUGCUAAUUGUAUGUUCCGUUCACCAUUCAUACAACAACUGAUAGCGCAUCUCUUGUUGUAUCACUUUUCCUGAACCCGUGAGGACUCAGGUACUCACUCAGUACGUACCUACCGGUGCAUAAUCUACGAUGCUUGUAUUCGAGGUCUAUGAGAAAGUAAAAUGUGAUGUGGACCUUUGUGGAACGGGAAACUAUUAGUUUCAACCUGGUGUAUUUUAGCUCGAUUGCAUCUUGCUGAUCUCAUUGGAGGAUUAUUAUACAUGCCCUCGAUAGUUAAUGUGCACCAGAAAUAAGUGUUUGAGACACUGGAAAGUAUUUAACGUAACAAAAUGCAGGCUGGUUGACAAUAUAUAUGUAUGCGCGAAAGCAAACAUGGAAAAUCGAGAAUGAAGAAACAUGGAAAGGACAACAUAGUGCACAAUUUUGUUUUCAGGACGAUUUGUCCUUUCCAUGUUCAUUAUUCACGAAGCGUAUUACGACAAUAAUUCAUUGUAUUUCCUCGUUUCCUUUUUUUUUCUUUUUUUUGUCAAGGUACGUUUGAGAAAACUACGUUCUCUUUCUCUCUCUCUCUCUUCAUUUUUCUAAUUAUUUUUUUGUCGCACCUUUGCCCCACCAGAGAUUUGUGCUCCGUGCUUUGAAAUAAUUUCAAAGUGCAUGGCUUCAAAACGAGGCAUCAUUUUUAGAGCAUGCAUAUUGACCCAUGUCCUAUGUUAUGUCUUAUGUGCUAUGUGCUAUGUUCGGCACACAUGACACUUAACCAAUAAGGCUAUGUUUCAGGAUUAUGCUUCGUUUUUCUUUUUCCUCUCAUGGUUGGCAGUUCAGACUUGACUGAUUGUCAGACCAACUCUCCAUGUUGUGUUUGUUGCCCUUCAAAUACACUAUAGGGCGUAUUCGUCAGCGUCACUGGUGUCAUAUGGUAAUACCAUGCUAGGCUAUCGCAUUCUCAAUCGUCUUCCGACAAGCAGAAGCGUCACUUCGGCUGUUGUCCAUUACGAGCACAAUUUUAAUAUCAGCACAGAUUGUUACUAUAGCUCAUAACAAUAUAGCGGGUUAUGCUCGCCAUUAACCUUUACUGUCCCGAAUAAAUGAAAAGUCGGCUUCCGCGAACGCAUCCUGAAUUCCUCAACCGACAGAUCAUUUUUUUUCAUGCAGCGUUCGCCUUACGUUUGUUCCAAGUUUGUUGUACUUGUUUUAUAUGGCAUCACUACCUGGUGUAUACGUCAAACUUAGAGCGUUAAUGCGUUUCGAUUAAUUGCCAGUGGGAUGGUAACGCUGUUCUAAUAUAGGCAUAUAACUGUUCAUUAGUGUGGACUGCUGGUCUCUCUGACUUUUGUCAGCAAUUUUUAUCGUUGCUAUUCAGUUGUGGAGAUCACUGUUUCCUUGUCACCUGGCGCUCCCACAAUUAGUGUAUAAUACCAGACACUGUCUCAACGCAGCACAACUCACUGACGACAAGGAAAUUUCUGCUGCAUCCUGUAGUAAAGGACAACCUCGGCUGCUACACUUUGUUACAGAUAAUUAAAGUACUGUUCACGUUUGAAUACCCAUCA